AUGCAGCUCAAGACACUCUUUUCCUUCGUGGUGCCCCUGCUGGGACUUCAAAGCUCAGUACACAGUCUCAACAUUCCACCCGCUCAGGAGCUGCAUCUUCGCGACGAGAUCAACGCUCAGGGAGGCCAAUCGAACCAACUGUACAAGUUUGAGGUUGGAAUCUACAAACGAAACAACGUCACGUGGGACGCCUUCGCCGCCUUUCUCGUCAACUCUCGCUAUCCCAAGGUGAAGCCACUUGUGGCCAAGCAUGGCGUUGCUGUUUGGACCGAGACAUUGACGCCACCUUCAGCACGAGCCAUUGCCGCAGGCGCCAUCCCUCCCGGCUGGACGGUGCCGCAGUAUGACUCCAUCUCGACUUACUACGUCAGCGAUCCCUCUGUUCUCGGCGCCUUGACCACUGACCCAGCCUGGAUUGCGUUGGAGAUUGCUGCCGCGGGGUAUGUGGAUGGAUCAAGAGGAACGCUUCUGGCCGGUUUUGAGACUGUCAAGUAUGAGAAGCCGAAGAAGGGAGGCAAAGGUAAGAAGAGAGACUGUUUGCUAGAUUAG